AUGCCCGUCGGAGUUUUCCAACCCUCGAACCAGAUCAGGCUCACCAACGUCUCGCUGGUGCGCAUGAAGAAAGGCAAAAAGCGCUUCGAAAUCGCAUGCUACAAGAACAAAGUGCUCGAGUACCGCAACAAGAUCGAAACCGACCUAUCCAACGUGCUGCAAAUCGAGAACGUCUUCCUAAACGUCUCCAAAGGGCAAGUCGCGCCCAAAGCCGACCUCGAGAAAGCCUUCGGCAAGAAGCCCAUCGAGGACAUCAUCACCGACAUCCUGGAGAACGGCGAGCUGCAAGUCGGCGAAAAGGAGCGCAAUGCAGAGCUCGAGCGCACAAAGAAUGAGGUCAUCGACAUCGUGGCGGGGAAACUCGUCGACCCCAAGACAAAGCGCGUCUACACGACGGGCAUGAUUGAGAAGGCGCUGGACCAGCUGAGUUCGCAGGCUGCGGCACAGCAAAGCGAGAAGGAGGGCGCGACGGAGAACGAUACCAAGGCGAAAGAACUGCCCAAGUGGACGGGCAUCGUCACGACGAAAUCGUCAAAGUCGCAGGCCCUGUUCGCCAUGAAGGCCCUCAUCGCCCACCAGCCUAUACCCGUUGCGCGCAUGCAGAUGAAGCUGCGCGUCACAUGCCCGACGUCAGUCCUCAAGCAGGCCCUCAAGAACGCGCCAAAAGGCCAAGCAGACGGGGAAGACAAGGCUUCCGGCACAGUCAAGGACGCGAUACUGGCUUUUAUGGAGAAGGUCGAGAGUCAGGACGUCAUGGGCGCGGAAUGGGAAGCCGUUGGUUUUGUUGAGCCGGGCUCCUUCAAGGGCCUCAACGAGUUCAUCGAGAGCCAGACAAAAGGCCGGGGAAAUGUUGAGGUUCUUGAAAUGGCGGUUGGUGCGGACGAUUGA